AUGCUGAAAUCUCAUUUUAACUUAACCCAAAGGGACAAAGAAGGCGAGGAAGUAGAAGAUGAAUAUGAGUCUAAGAGUGAACACAGCAAAGAAAACGAGCUGCCUAAGUCGGAAAGAAGGCUCAACAGAUCCGAAGUCAGCGUUCGUCUCAGCCAUCUUGGGAAGACGGCAGAUGGCGAUGGUUAUACAUACCUCAAAGCGAAAUGCACGGGCAUGCAUUUGACUGACAUAAGUGCAAUAGUUAGUUUCAAGCACCUGCAAUUCGUCGACGUCUCGAAUAAUUUAUUAACCACAGAGGCGUUACAGGUCGUAACAAAACUACCGUUUCUGGUCCUAAUACACGCCGACAAAAAUAGACUGGAUUCAGCUUCAUUAAAGAAGGCAAAAUAUCUACAAGUUAUUAUAAUGAACUAUAAUAACAUAACGUCCGUUAAUGAUGUUUAUCAACCGGAAUUAAGUACAUUGGAGGUUGGUUACAAUAAAGUUGAAAACAUUGCCUUUAAGAAUAGAAUGCCCACACUUAAAUGUCUAGAUUUCCGUUAUAAUCUAAUUUCAAAUAUAUCAGACCUCAAUUUUCCUAACUUGGAUAGUUUAUAUUUGGCGGGCAACAAGAUAAAGAGUCUUAUUGGACUUGAGAAACUGAUCAAUCUGCGAAUAUUACAUGUGCGAAAUAACCCAAUAGCAUCACUAAAUGGUUUCGAUUCUGGUCUAACAAAACUAGAGUAUAUCAACCUACGGAACUGCAAGGUGGGAACAUUGAAACAAAUUAAAAAACUGCAGUGUUUAAAGGCACUAGAAAUAUUAGUAAUUAAAGGCUGUCCCUACAUGGGUGGUAAUGGUGAAGAAGGCACAGAGGUGACCGAGGAGGAUGAUGGUCAACUAAGAAUUGAGGUGCUAGCAGUACUGCCACGUUUGAAGAGACUUAACAAAGAUGUAGUAACACCAGAAGAAAGGACUGAAGCCAAAACUCUUAUGACACAUUUGCUUGAGGAAGAUGAAAAUGAUGAAGAAGAAACAGAUGAAAAAGCUGAAGAAGAAGAAUACAAAAACGACAUUUAA